GCAGCCGUGAAAGAACAUAGCCAUGCUAGGGCUCUCGUGAGAACCAGACUUAAUAGUAGUUUAAAGUGCUGCGUCGUCUCCAAUCUUCCGUCAGGCGGGGCGUUUAGUGCCAAGAUUUAAAAAGAAACUAAAGAUAUUCAUCAGCUCUGUGGACUAUUUUUCGUUCUGCAAACAGGCCUACAAUUAUUCUUGACAUAAAAUGUCCGCUCCGAUUGUAGCACAGCCUGGUGGUCCGCCAGCUCCAGGUCUCAAGAACGCCGAGUGGAUGGCCAAACCCCAGGGAUUACCAGGGUGUCCCCCUGGCCUGGAAUACCUCACACAAUUGGACCAGGUUCUUGUGCAUCAAGUUAUUGAGUUAGCCGAAGUGCUAACCGGAUUCGAGACCAAGAAUCGCUACGCUAUAAAAAAUUCCCUUGGCCAACAAGUUUUCUUUGCAAUGGAAGAAUCUAGUUGUCUAAUGCGAAAUUGCUGUCAAGAGCAUCGUGGAUUUAUUUUGCACCUCACCGACAACUUUGGCCAGGAGGUUAUUCGCGUUAGUCGGGAAUUUAAAUGUUGUGCUGGAUGUUGCUGGUGCGCCGAUACUAAAUGCUGUGCCUAUGAGGUUGUUAUUGAGUCUCCACCUGGUACACCAGUCGGAUACAUGCGUCAGUCCCAAACAUGUUGGAAACCCUUCUACCAGUUAUUGGACGCCAACCAUAAGCCAGUGUUUGACAUUCGAGGGCCCUGUUGCCCAUGCCAAACCAUUUGCUGCACUGAAGAUGUUCGCUUUGAGAUCUUCACCGCCGAGACUCAGCAGAACGUUGGAACCAUUUCAAAACAGUGGGCGGGGUGGUUUCAGGAGGUAUGCACUAAAGCCAACAACUUCAGCGUUGAGUUUCCAAUGGAUCUUGACGUUAAGGUAAAGGCUGCCCUCAUCGGUGGAGUUUUCUUGGUGGACUUCAUGUUCUUCGAACACCCAGACAACUAAUGGAUUAUACUAUAUUCGCAAGUUGAUGAUAUUCGUGUAUUUGCUACUGUUUAUAUUACCAUAGACAAUGACGUGGUUUAAAAUUCAAUUAGGUCUCAUUUAUUAAAGGCCAGUUGUAAAUAUAUUAUGUUACAUUCUUCGUUUUAUUGUUAAUACUUUAAUGUUGUGUGAGUUUUUAACUGUCUGAUCGCUUAUGACGUCAUUUAUGGAUGGCUAAUAUGCGUAUAAGUUUAGUAAAACAAUGAACACUACUCUAUAACCCAUUUGUAAGCUAUAAUGAGGGUACGGUUUUGUCUAGAAUUAGGACCAAUGGUUUUGGCUAGUAAUAUACUUAUUUGUAUAUUCAUUAUAUAAUAAUUUUGUGAAGGGAAAUUAAGUUAUGUAAAUGGGACUCUUUUUAUAAUUUACAAUAGGCCCUAAUGACCACAUCAGAACCUUUUUUUUUUAGCCUACGAAUUGAUCAGAAAUAGAUUUGAAAAAAUACAAGAUUGUUUAGAUUUUAUUUCAAUAUAAAUCUCAAUUCCCUGUUAUCUUGUAAAUAUUGAAUGAACCUUUCUCACGUGUCAAUCAAACUUAACGACUGGCCAAUCAAAAGCAGGCCAGGAAUACGCGCUUGGCUCACAAACACACGUUUUUUCCACAAACGCACGUGUUCGCUUAAGACUGUCUUUGUUUUUAGAACCUUAGCAACAAUAUCUAAGUGGCGGUGUUAUCGGGAAAGUCCAUAUUUAAACUUCAUUGUAAAGACCUAAGUAAAACACAUUCGAUACCAAUAAUGGAAUUAUGGAAAUUAUAUUUGUUUCGCUUGUCUAUACGUGUAAUGUUAAUACUGUACUUUUGUGAUUAUUAUUAAUAUCAUCAAUAAAACAUUUGUAUUUAAACCUU